CUGACAAUGUACGAAGGACUUAGAUGUAAUGCGUCGUCGUCCUAGGGAAAACGCGCUUUGUCAAAAAAGUAGAACUAAGUCUCGUCGUCCCCUCGCGUAUCGCAUCCCGCGUUUCUCAACACCAACACCAACAUCGCAGCAUCCAACCACCAAAAAUCACCAAACCCACCGCCCUUUAACUCAUCCCUCAAGCCAAAAGACUACACACCAAACUUCUCAGCUCUUACCCCAAAAUAUAAUGGCCAAAGCCAAAAAGGAAAAACUCGCCAUAAACUCUUACACACUCAAUCUCCCCUCCAACUCAACCUCAUCCCCGCAACACCACUCCCUAAUCCCCAAACCCUACCUAACCCUCCCCAGCAUCCUCAACAUAAUCCCCCUCCAACCCUUCAUCACCUCCACCCCGCUCACAGCCCUCACCUCCCCAGCCUACUCCGACCCAAUCUCAGACCUCUACUCCGGCGCCCACACCCUCCAGCUCCUCGCCUACCUCAUCGCACACGUCCUCGUCUCCAGCAUAAUCUACUUCCUCACCUCCCCCGAAUGCCACGCCGUCCCGCCCAGACUCCAGCUCACAAUCUAG